UAUAGCAUUAAUCCUUAAACCAUACAUAUUCUUUCAGCACCAGAAUUAUGGCCGCUCAAGCCAUUGCCCGCUUGAGUACUGUGUGUUUUCUCCUCCUGUUCACAGCAAUGGUGGCAGAGGCAGGACCUCAUAAGCAGAAGAAAGUUAGGUGCAAAGACAAGAUUAAUUACCCUGCUUGUUACAAAGUACAGAAGCUUUGCCCUACAACCUGCCCUCGCACUUGUGUCAUGAAUUGUCGAACUUGCGAACCCGUCUGUGAACAUCCACCGCCGCCGCCGCCAUCUCCGCCACCACCACCACCAAAAUCAAAAAAGCAUUCCCCUCCUCCUCCACCAAAGAAGCGUUCACCUCCCCCUCCUCCUCCUUCCAGAACUGUAACCCCUCCUGCUUCUUCUCCUCCUCCUCCUCCUGUGUCCGUUCCUCCACCUCCCCCUGCUUCAAGUUCACCACCAAAGACAGUUAAAUGUAUGAACAAGGAUUUCCCUCGGUGCUAUGGUAUGCAGCUUACCUGUCCUAGCGGUUGCCCCGACAACUGUGGUGUUAACUGCGCCACUUGCAGCCCAGUUUGCGAAUGCAACGGUGCCGGUGCUGUGUGCCAAGACCCACGAUUCGUCGGUGGAGAUGGAAUCACAUUCUACUUCCAUGGUCAAAAAGACCACGACUUCUGCUUAGUUUCCGACUCCAACAUCCACAUCAAUGGCCAUUUCAUUGGAAAAAGAAACGAAAACAUGAAGAGGGACUUCACCUGGGUCCAGUCUCUUGGAAUCCUCUUCGGCACUCACAAGAUCUUCAUCGGCGCUAGAAAGACAUCUAUUUGGGAUGACUCCGUCGACCGCCUUUUGCUGGGCUUCGAUGGCGAACCAAUAUACCUUCGUGAUGAAGAAAGCUCAAGGUGGCAAUCCAUGACGUCUCCAAGUGUUACAAUCACAAGGAUUCGGGACGCAAACUCAGUAGAAAUUGAGGUGGAAGGGAAUUUCAAGAUCAAAGCAACAGUCGUGCCUAUAACUGAGAAAGAUUCCCAGAUUCACAAUUAUGGAAUUAACCAAGAGGAUUGCUUCGCGCAUCUUGACUUGAGUUUCAAGUUUUACUCAUUGAGUGGGCAAGUUAACGGUGUUUUAGGCCAGACUUAUGCAAGCAACUACGUGAGUAGGGUGAAGAUGGGGGUGCUCAUGCCUGUUUUGGGUGGUCAGAAAGAAUUCUCCUCCUCAAGUCUCUUUUCCACUGAUUGUGCUGUAGCAAGGUUUACUGGUGAGUUAACAGAUCAAGAAAAUUCUAUGGAGUUGGAGGAGUUUGGCAACCUGAAUUGCGCAAGUGGUAUGGAUGGUCGUGGAGUAGUUUGUAAAAGGUAA